AUGAGACCUAUUUACUUCGUCCCUCUUGGCCUACUGGCUCUCCCAGGAUGGUGCAGGCCAGUCUCCGAUCUCCAUUCUGGGACCGUUGAUGUGGUUCCAAUCCCUCCCAACUCCCUCGCCCCUAAGGGAGUCGUACCUGGAUCAUCUACUAUGGUCCACCAUCUUCCAGGGAGCUCGGAUGCGAAUAAGCAUAUUCUUUUACCUCGUGGCUCAAAGAAAUUGAUAAUUCCAGGAUCUGGAAUCAAAUCCUGGCCGAUCGGUCCAAUGAUGAUUCAAAUUAUUGUCUCGUCAGCAACCGACAUAGCAUUCAAAUUUAUCAAUGGCGAGGACGACGAGUACCGUUUCACCGUGUUUGAUGUUUUGGGGAACGCCAUCAAUGCUAUUGAUAUUGACGGCGGCAGUUGGGGGAAAAUUCCCAACACCCGGAAAAUGUUUGAGGCAGGAAAGGAGUAUACUGUGAGAUGGUUCGAGGCUUAG